UUGUCACCAUGACUAUUGCCUUGCUGGGUUUUACCAUUUUUUUGCUCCAUUGUGUGACCUGUGAGAAGCCCCUAGAAGGGACCAUCUCCUCCCCAGCUUGGCACUUCACACACUCCCAUUACAACGCCACCAUCUAUGAAAACUCUGCUCCCAAGACCUACGUGGAGAGCUCUGAGAAGAUGGGCAUCUACCUCGCGGAGCCGCAGUGGGCAGUGAGGUACCGGAUCAUCUCUGGGGACGUGGCCAAUGUAUUUAAAACUGAGGAGUAUGUGGUGGGCAACUUCUGUUUCCUGAGAAUAAGGACAAAGAACAGCAACACUGCUCUUCUGAACAGGGAGGUGCGAGACAGCUACACCCUCAUCAUCCAAGCCACAGAGAAGACCCUGGAGUUUGAAGCUUUGACCCACGUGGUGGUCCAUGUCCUGGACCAGAACGACCUGAAGCCACUCUUCUCCCCACCUUCGUACAGAGUCACCAUCUCUGAUGACAUGCCCCUCAAGAGCCCCAUCUGCAAGGUGACUGCCACAGAUGCUGAUCUGGGCCAGAACGCUCAGUUCUAUUAUGCCCUUAACACAAGGUCAGAAAUGUUUGCCAUCCAUCCCACCAGCGGCGUGGUCACUGUGGCUGGGAAGCUCAACGUCACGCGGCGAGGGAAGUAUGAGCUCCAGGUGCUGGCUGUGGACCGCAUGCGGAAAAUCUCUGAAGGCAACGGGUUUGGCAACUUGGCUCCACUGCUCAUCCACGUGGAGCCUGCCCUCAGGAAGCCCCCGGCCAUUGUCUCCGUGGUGGUGACUCCACCAGACAGCAAUGAGGGCGCCACCUACGCCACUGUAGUGGUAGAUGCAAACAGCGCAGGAGCCGAAGUGCACUCGGUGGAAGUCGUUGGGGGUGACCCUGGAAAGCACUUCAAAGCCAUCAAGUCUUAUGCCCGGAGCAAUGAGUUCAGGCUGGUGUCCGUCAAAGACAUCAACUGGAUAGAGCACCUUCACGGGUUCAACCUCAGUCUCCAGGCCAGGAGCGGGAGCAGUCCUUUUCAUUCCCAGAUCAGGGGAUUUCACCUACCCGCUUCCAAACUGGCUUCCCUCAAAUUCGAGAAGGCCGUUUACAAAGUGCAGCUUAGUGAGUUUUCCCCUCCUGGCAGCCGCGUGGUGAUGGUGAGGGUCACCCCAGCCUUCUCCAACCUGCAGUAUGUUCUAAAGCCGUCCUCAGAGAAUGCAGGGUUUAAACUUAAUGCUCGCACUGGGCUGAUCACCACCACGAAGCUCAUGGACUUCCGUGACAGAGCCCGCUAUCAGCUACACAUCAGGACCUCACCUGGCCUGGCCUCCACCAUGGUGGUCAUUGACAUCGUGGACUGUAACAACCACGCCCCCACCUUCAACAGGUCUUCCUAUGAUGGCACCUUGGAUGAGAAUAUCCCUCCAGGCACCAGUGUUUUGACUGUUGCUGCCACUGACCGGGAUCACGGAGAAAACGGAUACAUCACCUAUUCCAUUGCAGCUCCAAAAGCUGUGCCCUUUUCCAUUGACCCGUACCUGGGGAUCAUCUCCACCUCCAAACCCAUGGACUAUGAGCUCAUGAAAAGAAUUUAUAACUUCCGGGUACGGGCAUCCGAUUGGGGAUCCCCUUUUCGCCGGGAGAAGGAAGUGUCCAUUUCUCUUCAGCUCAAAAACUUGAAUGACAACCAGCCUGUGUUUGAAGAAGUCAACUGCACGGGGUCCAUCCGCCAAGACUGGCCUGUGGGGAAGUCAGUGAUGACCAUGUCAGCCAUAGACGUGGAUGAGCUUCAGAAUCUAAAAUACGAAAUCUUGUCGGGUAAUGAGCUAGAGUAUUUUGAUCUAAAUCAUUUCUCUGGAGUGAUAUCCCUCAAACGCUCUUUUAUGAAUCUUACCGCUAGUCAACCCACCAGCUACUCCCUCAAAAUUACAGCCUCCGAUGGCAAAAACUAUGCCUCACCCACAACUUUGAAUGUUACUGUGGUGAAGGACCCUCGUUUUGAAGUUCCUGUAACAUGUGAUAAAACAGGGGUGUUGACACAGUUCACGAAGGCCAUCCUCCACUCUAUUGGCCUUCAGAACCAGGAGCCUGGUGACGAGGAAUUCAUUUCUUUAAGCACAUAUCAGAUUAAUCGUCAUACCCCCCAGUUUGAGGACCACUUCCCCCAAUCUAUUGAUGUCCUUGAAAAUGUUCCUGUCAAUACUCUCCUGUCCCGCCUAGCAGCCACUGACCCUGACACUGGCUUUAAUGGCAAACUGGUCUAUGUGGUUGCAGAUGGCAAUGAGGAGGGCUGCUUUGACAUUGAACUGGAGACGGGGCUGCUUACUGUAGCUGCUCCCUUGGACUAUGAAGCCACCAAGUUCUAUAUCCUCAAUGUAACAGUGUUUGACCUGGGCACGCCCCGGAAGUCCUCCUGGAAGCUGCUGACUGUGAAUGUGAAAGACUGGAAUGACAAUGCACCCAGAUUUCCUCCUGGUGGGUACCAGUUAACCAUCUCAGAGGACACAGAAGUUGGGACCACAAUUGCAGAGCUGAAAACAGAAGAUGCUGACUCAGAGGACAACGGGCGGGUUCGCUACACCCUGCUAAGCCCCACAGAGAAGUUCUCCCUCCACCCUCUCACCGGGGAGCUGGUUGUCACAGGCCACCUGGACCGGGAAUCAGAACCUCGGUAUGUACUCAAGGUGGAGGCCAGGGAUCAGCCCAGGAAGGGCCACCAGCUCUUCUCUGUCACUGACCUGAUAGUCACAUUGGAAGAUGCCAAUGACAACUCUCCCCAGUGCAUCACAGAACUCAGCAGGCUGAAGGUCCCAGAGGACCUGCCCCUGGGUACUAUCUUGACAUUUCUGGAUGCCUCUGAUCCUGACCUGGGCCCUGCGGGCGAAGUGCGAUAUGUCCUGUUGGAUGAUGCUCAUGGAACCUUCCGGGUAGACCUGAUGACUGGGGCGCUCAGUCUGGAGAGAGAGCUGGACUUUGAGAGGCAGACUGGGUACAAUCUGAGCCUGUGGGCCAGUGACAGUGGAAGACCCCUGGCCCGCAGGACCCUCUGCCACGUGGAGGUGAUCGUCCUGGAUGUGAAUGAGAAUCUCCAUCCUCCCCGCUUUGUCUCCUUCGUGCACCAGGGCCAGGUGCAAGAGAACAGCCCCCCGGGAACUCAGGUGCUGGUAGUGGCUGCCCACGAUGAUGACAGUGGCUUGGAUGGGGAGCUCCAGUACUUCCUGCGCGCUGGCACUGGUCUUGCAGCCUUCAGCAUCAACCAAGACACAGGGAUGAUUCAGACUCUGUCGCCCCUGGACCGAGAAUUCGCAUCCUACUACUGGUUGACAGUCCUGGCGGUGGACAGAGGUUCCGUACCCCUCUCUUCUGUAACUGAAGUCUACAUUGAGGUUACAGAUGUCAAUGACAACCCACCCCGGAUGUCCAGAGCUGUGUUCUACCCCUCCAUCUGGGAGGACGCGCCUGUGGGCACCUCUGUGCUUCAGCUGGAUGCCUGGGACCCGGACUCCAGCUCCGAAGGGAAGCUGACCUUCAACAUCACCAGUGGGAACCACAUGGGAUUCUUUGUUAUUCACCCUUUCACAGGUCUCCUAUCCACGUCCCGGCAGCUGGACAGAGAGAGCAAGGACGAACACAUCCUAGAGGUGAUUGUGCUGGACAAUGGGGAGCCCUUGCUGACGUCCACCUCCAGGGUGGUGGUGCGCAUCUUGGACGUCAAUGACAAUCCACCUAUGUUCUCCCACAAGCUCUUCAAAGUCCGCCUUCCAGAGAGGCUGAGCCCAGUGUUCCCUGGGCCUGUGUACAGGCUGGUGGCUUCGGACCCAGAUGAGGGUCUGAACGGCAAGGUCACCUACAAUAUUGAGGAAAGCGAUGAGGAGGGCUUCAGCAUCGACCCUGUCACGGGUGUGGUGUCAUCCAGCAGUACCUUUACAGCUGGAGAGUACAACAUCCUAACGAUCAAGGCAACAGACAGUGGGCAGCCCCCGCUCUCAGCCAGUGUCCGGCUGCACAUCGAGUGGAUCCCCCAGCCGCGGCCGUCCUCCAUCCCGCUGGCCUUUGACGAGACCCACUACAGCUUUACGGUCAUGGAGACGGACCCCGUGAACCACAUGGUGGGGGUCAUCAGCGUAGAGGGCCGACCCGGCCUCCUCUGGUUCAACAUCUCAGGUGGGGAUAAGGACAUGGACUUUGACAUUGAGAAGACCACGGGCAGCAUCGUCAUCGCCAGGCCCCUCGAUACGAGGAGGAGGUCGAGCUACAACUUGACCGUGGAGGUGACAGAUGGGUCCCGCACCAUUGCCACCCAGGUCUACAUCUUCAUGAUUGCCAACGUCAACCACCAUCGGCCCCAGUUUCUGGAGGCUCAUUAUGAGGUCAGAGUUCCCCAGGACACGCUGCCUGGGGUCGAGCUCCUCCGAGUCCAGGCCACGGAUCAAGACAAGGGCAAAGGUCUCAUCUACACCUUACAUGGCAGCCAAGACCCAAGAAGUGCCAACCUCUUCCAGCUGGACCCGAGCAGUGGUGUCCUGGUAACCGUAGGGAAACUGGACCUGGGCUCAGGGCCCUCCCAGCACACGCUGACAGUCAUGGUCAGAGACCAGGAGAUACCCAUCAAGAGGAACUUUGUGUGGGUGACCGUCCAUGUGGAGGAUGGAAACCUCCAUGCACCCCGCUUCACCCAGCUCCAUUAUGAGGCAAGCGUUCCUGACACCACAGCCCCCAGCACAGAGCUGCUCCAGGUCCGGGCCGUGGACACCGACAGGGGAGCCAAUGCUGAGGUCCACUACUCGCUCCUGAAAGGGAACAGCGAGGGUUUCUUCAACAUCGAUGCCCUACUAGGCGUCAUCACUCUAGCCCAGAAACUUGAUAGGGCAAAUCAUGCCCAGCAUACCCUGACAGUGAAGGCAGAAGAUCAAGGCUCCCCGCAGUGGCAUGACCUGGCUACGGUGACCAUUCAUGUCCACCCCUCUGAUAGCAGUGCUCCCAUCUUUUCAAAAACUGAGUACUUCGUGGAGAUCCCUGAAUCAAUCCCUAUUGGUUCCCCAAUUCUCCUUGUCUCUGCUACAAGCUCCUCUGAAAUUACCUAUGAGCUAAGAGAGGGAAACAAGGACGGUGUUUUCUCUAUGAACUCAUAUUCUGGCCUUAUUUCCACUCAGAAGAACUUGGACCAUGAGAAAAUCUCAUCUUACCAGCUGAAAAUCCGAGGCAGCAAUAUGGCGGGCACAUUUACUGAUGUCAUGGUACUUGUUGACAUAAUUGACGAAAAUGACAAUGCUCCCAUGUUCUUCAAGUCAACUUUUGUGGGCCAAAUUAGUGAAGCAGCUCCAUUGUACAGUAUGAUUAUGGAUAAAAACAACAAUCCCUUUGUGAUUCGUGCCUCUGACAGUGACAAGGAAGCUAAUUCCUUGUUGGUCUACAAAAUUUUGGAGCCAGAGACCUUGAAGUUUUUCAAAAUUGAUCCCAGCAUGGGAACCCUAACCAUUGUAUCAGAAAUGGAUUACGAGAGCGUGCCUUCUUUCCAAUUCAGCGUCUAUGUCCAUGACCAAGGAAACCCUAUCUUAUUUGCGCCCAGGCCUGCCCAGGUCAUCAUCAAUGUCAGAGAUGUGAAUGACUCUCCUCCCAGGUUCUUAGAACAGAUCUAUGAGGUAGCAGUGGUGGGGCCCAUCCACCUGGGCAUGCAGCUCCUCACGGUGCGGGCCAGCGACGAUGACUCGGAAGUCAAUUAUAGCAUCAAGACUGGCAAUGCUGAUGGAGCUGUGGCCAUUCACCCCAUCACUGGUAGCAUAUCCGUGCUGAAUCCUGCUUUCCUGGGACUCUCUCGGAAGCUCACCAUCAGGGCUUCUGAUGGUCUGUAUCAAGACACUGCACUGGUAAAAAUUUCUUUGACCCAAGUCCUUGACAAAAGCUUACAGUUCGACCAGGACGUCUAUAGGGCAACAGUGAAGGAGAACUUGCGGGACAAAAAGGCACUGGUGAUUCUUGGUGUCCAGGGCAAUCUCUUGAAUGACACCCUUUCCUACUUCCUCUUGAAUGGCACAGAUACGUUUCGUAUGGUCCAAUCAGCAGGUGUGUUGCAGACAAGAGGAGUGGCGUUUGACCGGGAGCAGCAGGACACUCACAAGCUGGCAGUGGAAGUAAGGGACAAUCGGACCCCUCAGCGGGUGGCUCAGGCUUUGGUCAGAGUCUCUGUUGAGGAUGUCAAUGACAAUCCUCCCAAAUUUAAGCAUCUGCCCUAUUACACAAUCAUCCAAGAUGGCACAGAGCCAGGAGAUGUCCUUUUUCAGGUGUCUGCCACUGAUGAGGACUUGGGGACAAAUGGGGCUGUGACAUAUGCAUUUGCAGAAGAUUACACAUAUUUCCGAAUCGACCCCUAUCUUGGGGACAUAUCACUCAAGAAACCCUUUGAUUAUCAAGCUUUAAAUAAAUAUCGCCUAAAAGUCAUUGCUCGGGAUGGAGGAACCCCAUCCCUCCAGACUGAGGAAGAGGUACUUGUCACUGUGAGAAACAAAUCUAACCCACUCUUUCAGAGUCCUUACUACAAAGUCAGAGUGCCUGAAAAUAUCACACUCUAUACCCCAAUUCUCCACACCCAGGCCCGGAGUCCAGAGGGCCUCCGGCUCAUCUACAACAUCGUGGAGGAAGAGCCCUUGACACUGUUCACCACUGACUUUAAGACUGGUGUCCUAUCUGUAACAGGGCCCUUGGACUAUGAGUCUAAGACCAAACACGUGUUCACAGUCAGAGCCACAGACACAGCUCUAGGGUCAUUUUCUGAAGCCACAGUGGAAGUCCUGGUGGAGGACAUCAAUGAUAACCCUCCCACAUUCUCCCAAUUAGUCUAUACCACUUCAGUCUCAGAAGGCUUGCCUGCUCAGACCCCUGUGAUUCAACUCUUGGCUUCUGACCAGGACUCAGGGCAGAACCGUGAUGUCUCUUAUCAGAUUGUGGAGGAUGGCUCAGAUGUUUCCAAAUUCUUCCAGAUCAAUGGGAGCACGGGGGAGAUGUCCACACUUCAAGAGCUGGAUUAUGAAGCCCAACAACACUUUCAUGUGAAAGUCAGGGCCAUGGAUAAAGGAGAUCCCCCACUCACUGGUGAAACUCUUGUGGUUGUCAAUGUGUCUGACAUCAAUGACAACCCCCCCGAGUUCAGACAACCUCAGUAUGAAGCCAAUGUCAGUGAGCUGGCAACCUGUGGUCACCUGGUUCUUAAGGUCCAAGCUCUUGACCCUGAUAGCAGGGACACCUCCCGCCUGGAGUACCUGAUUCUUUCUGGCAAUCAGGACAGGCACUUCUCCAUUAACAGCUCAUCAGGAAUAAUUUCUAUGUUCAACCUUUGCAAAAAGCACCUGGACUCUUCUUACAAUUUGAGGGUAGGUGCUUCUGAUGGAGUCUUCCGAGCUACUGUGCCUGUAUAUAUCAACACCACAAAUGCCAACAAGUACAGCCCAGAGUUCCAGCAGUAUGUUUAUGAGGCAGAAUUGGCAGAGAAUGCAAAGGUGGGAACCAAGGUGAUUGAGGUGCUAGCCAUAGACAAAGACAGUGGUCCCUAUGGCACUGUAGAUUAUACUAUCAUCAAUAAGCUAGCUGGUGAGAAGUUCUCCAUACACCCCAGUGGCCAGAUCACCACUCUGCAGAAACUGGAUCGGGAAAAUUCAACAGAAAGAGUCAUUGCUAUUAAGGUCAUGGCUCAGGAUGGAGGAGGAAGAGUGGCCUUCUGCACUGUGAAGAUCAUUCUCACAGAUGAAAAUGACAACCCCCCACAGUUCAAAGCAUCAGAGUACACCGUGUCGAUUCAAUCCAAUGUCAGUAAAGAUUCCCCAGUUAUCCAGGUGCUGGCCUAUGAUGCAGAUGAAGGUCAGAAUGCAGAUGUUACAUACUCAGUGGACUCAAUGGAGAACCUGGCUGAAGAGGUCAUUGCAGUUAACCCAAUCACUGGUGUGGUCAAGGUGAAAGGGAGCCUAGUGGGAUUGGAAAACCAGACUUUUAACUUCAAAAUCAAAGCCCAAGAUGGAGGCCCUCCUCACUGGGACUCUCUGGUGCCAGUAAGACUUCAGGUGGUUCCUAAUGAGGUAUCUUUGCCCAAAUUUUCUGAACCUCUGUAUACUUUCUCUGCAUCUGAAGACCUUCCAGAGGGGUCUGAAAUUGGGUCUGUUAAAGCAGUGGCAGCUCACGAUCCCGUCAUCUACAGUCUAGUGCAGGGCACCACACCAGAGAGCAACAAAGAUGGUGUCUUCUCCUUGGACCGAGACACCGGCGUCAUACAGGUGAGGAAGCCCAUGGACCAUGAGUCCAUCAAAUUGUACCAGAUUGAUGUGAUGGCACAUUGCCCCCAUAAAGACACUGACUUGGUGUCCUUGGUCUCUGUCAACAUCCAAGUGAAAGAUGUCAAUGACAAUAGGCCUAUAUUUGAGGCUGAUCCAUAUAAGGCUGUCCUCACUGAGAAUAUGCCAGUGGGGACCUCAGUCAUUCAAGUGACUGCCAUUGACCAGGACACUGGAAGAGAUGGCCGGGUGAGCUACAGGCUGUCACCAGACCCUGGUAACAAUGUUCAUGAGCUCUUUGCCAUUGACAGUGAGAGUGGCUGGAUCACCACACUCCAGGAACUAGAUUGUGAGACUCGCCAGACUUAUCAUUUUUAUGUGGUAGCUUAUGACCACGGACAGACCAUCCAGCUAUCUUCUCAGGCCCUGGUUGAGGUUUCCAUUACAGACGAGAAUGACAAUCCUCCCCGAUUUGCUUCUGAAAACUACAGAGGAUCUGUGGUUGAGAACAGUGAGCCUGGCGAACCUGUGGCCACUCUGAAGACCCUGGAUGCUGACAUCUCUGAGCAGAACAGACGAGUCACCUGCUACAUCACAGAGGGAGACCCCCUAGGCCAGUUUGGCAUCAGCCAAGUUGGGGAUGAGUGGAGGAUUUCCUCAAGGAAGACCCUGGACCGCGAGCACACGGCCAAGUACUUGCUCAGAAUCACGGCGUCCGAUGGCAAGUUCCAGGCUUCGGUCACCGUGGAGAUCUUUGUCCUAGACAUCAAUGAUAACAGCCCGCAGUGCUCACAGCUUCUCUAUACCGGCAAGGUCCGUGAGGAUGUAUUUCCAGGACACUUGAUUUUGAAGGUUUCUGCCACAGACUUGGACACCGACACCAAUGCUCAGAUCGCAUACUCUCUGCAUGGCCCCGGGGCACAUGAAUUCAAGCUGGAUCCUCAUACAGGGGAGCUGUCCACACUCACAGCCCUAGACCGCGAGAGGAAGGAUGUGUACAGCCUUGUUGCCAAGGCAACAGAUGGAGGUGGCCGCUCAUGCCAGGCAGAUGUGACUCUCCACGUGGAAGAUGUGAAUGACAACGCCCCACGGUUCUUCCCCAGCCACUGUGCUGUGGCUGUCUUUGACAACACCACAGUUAAGACCCCAGUAGCUGUGGUGUUUGCCCGGGAUCCUGACCAAGGCGCCAACGCUCAGGUGGUUUACUCUCUGGCGGACUCAGCCGAAGGCCACUUUUCCAUCGACGCCACCACGGGCGUGAUCCGCCUCGAGAAGCCGCUGCGGGUCACGCCACAGGCAGCGCUGGAGCUCACGGUCCGCGCCUCUGACCUGGGCACCCCGGUCCCGCUCUCCACGCUGGGCACCGUCACGGUCUCGGUGGUGGGCCUCGAUGACUACCUGCCAGUGUUCCUGAACACCGAGAACAGCGUGCAGGUGCCGGAGGACGCCCAGCUUGGCACGGAGGUGCUGCGGCUGGCCACCCUCACGCGCCCGGGCGCCGAGAACACCGGCUACCGCAUCGUCAGCGGGAACGAGCAGGGGCGGUUCCGCCUGGACGCCCGCACAGGGAUCCUGUACGUCAACAGGAGCCUGGACUUUGAGACAAGCCCCAAGUACUUCCUGUCCAUCGAGUGCAGUCGGAAGAGCUCUUCCUCCCUCAGUGACACGACCACAGUCGUGGUCAACAUCACCGAUGUCAACGAACACCGGCCCAGAUUCCUCCAGGAUCUGUACAGCGUGAGGGUCUCGGAGAAUGCCAUCGUGGGCGACGUCAUCCUCACGGUGUCGGCAACCGAUGAGGAUGGACCCCUAAAUAGCGCCAUUGCCUAUAGCCUGGUAGGAGGGAACCAGCUUGGGCACUUCACCAUCCACCCCAAGAAGGGGGAGCUACAGGUGGCCAAAGCCCUGGACUGGGAACAGACCUCCAGCUACUACCUGAGUCUCCGAGCCACAGACAGCGGGCAGCCCCCACUGCACGAGGACACAGACAUCACUAUCCAGGUGAUUGAUGUCAAUGAUAACCCACCGAGAUUCUUCCAGCUCAACUACAGCACCACUGUCCAGGAGUACUCCCCCAUAGGCAGCAAAGUCCUGCAGCUGAUCCUGAGUGACCCGGACUCCCCAGAGAACGGGCCCCCCUACUCGUUCCGAAUCACCAAGGGGAACAAUGGCUCUGCCUUCCGAGUGACCCCGGAUGGAUGGCUGGUGACUGCCGAGGGCCUGAGCAGGAGGGUGCAGGAAUGGUAUCAGCUUCAGAUCGAGGCGUCAGACAGCGGCGUCCCUCCCCUCUCGUCUUCCACAUCUGUCCUAGUCCACAUCACAGAGCAGAGCCACUACCCACCCUCCGCCCUCCCGCUGGAGAUCUUCAUCACCGUCGGGGAGGAGGAGUUCCAGGGCGGCAUGGUGGGUAAGAUCCAUGCCACAGACCGAGACCCUCAGGACACGCUGAGCUACAGCCUGGCAGGAGAGGAGGCCCUGGGCAGGCGCUUCUCAGUGGGAGCCUCCGAUGGCAAGAUUAUUGCCGCCCAGGGACUGCCUCACGGCCACUACUCGUUCAAUGUCACAGUCAGCGAUGGGACCUUCAGCACCACAGCUGGGGUCCACGUCCACGUGUGGCACCUGGAGCGGGAGGCUCUGCAGCAGGCCAUGUGGAUAGGCUUCCAGCAGCUCACCCCCGAGGAGCUGGUGAGCGACCACUGGCGGAACCUGCAGAGGUUCCUCAGCAACAAGCUGGACAUCAGACGGGCCAACAUCCACUUGGCCAGCCUUCAGCCUGCAGAGGCCGUGGCUGGUGUGGACGUGCUCCUGGUCUUUGAGAGGCAUUCCGGAACCUUCUACACGCUCCAAGAGCUGGCAUCCAUCAUCACUCGCUCAGCUAAGGAGAUGGAGCAUGCAGUGGGGGUUCAGAUGCGCUCAGCCAUGCCCGUGGUGCCCUGCCCUGGGCCAAGCUGCCAGGGUCAAAUCUGCCAAGACACAGUGCUCCUGGACCCCAAAGUUGGGCCCACGUACAGCACCGCCAGGCUGAGCAUCCUCACCCCGCGGCACCAGCUGCAGAGGAACUGCUCCUGCAAUGGUACUGCUGCCAGGCUCAGUGGUCAGAGCUAUGUGCGGUACAGGCCCCCAGAAGUUCGCAACUGGCACAUCCGUUUCUACCUGAAAACACUCCAGCCACAGGCCAUUCUCCUGUUCACCAAUGAGACAGCGUCGAUUUCCCUGAAGCUGGCCAAAGGGGUGCCCCAGCUGGAAUAUCACUGUUCAGGAGGUUACUAUGGAAACCUCUCCUCCCGGCGCCACGUGAAUGACCAAGAGUGGCACUCCAUCCUGGUGGAGCAGAUGGACACCUCCAUUCGCCUGUUGGUUGACAGCGUGGGCGACGCCUUCCUUGUGGUCCCAGAGAACUGCUGGAGUCCGAGGCCUGAAAGACACGUCUUGCUGGGCGGGCUCAUCCUCUCGCCUUCUUCCUCAAAUGUCUCCCAGGGCUUCGAAGGCUGCCUGGAUGCUGUAUUGGUCAACGGAGAGGCACUGGAGCUGCUGUCCCAGGGCAAGACAAUGGCAGGCCUGCUGGAGACACAGGCCCUGACCCAGUGCUGCCUCCACAGUGACGACUGUGUCCAGAACCCAUGUCUCAAUGGGGGGAAGUGCUCGCAGGCCCCCGGAGCAGGCUACACCUGCAGGUGUCCCCCCCAGUUCUCUGGGAAGCACUGUGAACGAGGAAGGGAGAACUGCACUUCUGCACCCUGCCUGGAAGGUGGAACUUGCAUCUCCUCCCCUGAAGGAGCUUCCUGUAACUGCCCCCACCCUUACACGGGCGACAGGUGUGAAAUGGAGGCACGGGGAUGCUCAGAAGGGCACUGCCUGGUCACUCCCGAGAUCACAAAGGGGGACUGGGGGCAGCAGGAGUUACUGAUCAUCGUGGUAGCCAUAGCACUCAUCGUCGUGAGCACCGCUGGGCUUCUCUUCUACUGCCGCCGCUGCAAGUCUCACAAGCCUGUGGCCAUGGAGGACCCGGACCUCUUGGCCAGGAGCAUUGGUGUUGACACCCAGCCCAUGCCUGCCAUCGAGCUCAACCCGUUGAGCACUGGCUCCUGCAACAACUUGAACCAACCGGAGCCCAACAAGACCUCCCUUCAGAAUGAGCUCGUCACGUUUGGACCCAACUCUAAGCAACGGCCGGUGGUCUGCAGCGUGCCUCCCAGACUCCCCCCUGCCGUGGCGCCUUCGCACUCCAGCAAUGAGUCCAUCAUCAAGAGAACCUGGUCAGGCGAGGAGAUGGCGUACCCAGGCAGAGCCAUGGUCUGGCCCCCUACCUACUCCAGGAAGGACGGCUGGGCAUACCCCCACUCUGCAGUGACCCAGGGCCCUCUGCCACCCUCGCCUCACCGCCACUCGACCCCAGCGGCGAUGCCAGAGCCUGCUGGCCUCUAUGGGGGCUUCCCCUUCCCCCUGGAGGUGGAGAACAAGCGAGCACCUCUCCCACCCCGUUACAGCAACCAGAACCUGGAAGACCUGAUGCCUUCACGGCCCCCCAGCCCCCGGGAGCGCCUGCUGGCCCCCUGUCUCAACGAGUACACAGCCGUCAGCUACUACCACUCACAGUUCCGGCAGGGCGGGGCCGGGCCCUGCCUGGCAGAGGGGGGCUACAAGGGGGUGAGCAUGCGGCUCAGCCGGGCUGGGCCCUCUUACGCUGACUGCGAGGCAGAGGGGGCGCCCCUAGGAGGCCGGGGCCAGCCCCGGGCACCCCCCAACUAUGAGGGCUCUGACAUGGUGGAGAGUGACUAUGGGAGCUGUGAGGAGGUCAUGUUCUAGCUCCCCGUUCUCAGAGCAGGGCAGGUGGGAGGCCAAGGACUUGGCACCUUCUUCCUGUCUUGUCGGCAGUGAGCUGAGUGUGGCUGGGAGAGUGGGAGGGAAGCCCCCACCCCCAGUCCAGGCUGCCAUCCCAUGAAAUGCGCUCUUCAGGUCCCCCAGCUAGUCCCUGAGGGUAGAGGGAAGCUGAGGGUGGAGCUCCAGAAACAGUAUGGGGGGGCCCCAGGAGAGGGGGAUGCAUAGAGCAGUUACCUGGAAAGCCAGGAGCACCCGACUCCCGGGGCGGGCGAGAGACAGGCCGUCUCCGGUCUGGCAGGCAGGGCCUGAACAGCUGUGCUCGUUCGUACACCUGCCCACAGCGCCAUCGUGGAGGCAGGCGGUUCGUGCCUGACAGGCAACCACUGCACCUGCCGCAGAGACGCGCUAGAGAGGGCCACUCCGUGUCCUCCGGGAGCUGAGAAGUAGGCAGCGGGUGAGCAGGCACAAAAGCCACCUGUGUGCUCUGCCUCUUUGGUACAUCUGUUUGUCAAGUGUCAGACAAUGCACUAGGCACCGGGGAUAAGGGCGACACCGGCUCUGGGAGUAUCACCUGGGCCUCGUCUCCCAGAGGUCCUGCUCCUCCAGCCCAGAUUCAGAGCAACUCACGCGCCUCUGGAAGUCACACGACUUUCCACCAGCCGGGGCCCGCCAGGAUUCUGCAUAGCCCCGAACCUUCUUUGUUAAAGAAUUCAGACCUCACGGAACUCUGGGUUCUUCACCCCCAGGUUCCCAGGCACUUUUGGCCAAAGGCAGGAAGGAAAUAAUUCUUCAUUUUGAAAAUUCUUAGGCACUUUUCGACCUUGCUGUCUGGAGGAGUUUCCGCAAAUGGACUUUUCUUUUCUGGACACAAGGAACUCAGAGCUUCCACUCGGGGCAGGGUGGAGGCAGGCAGAGGGACAGCGGAGUGUCCAGGCUGGACGCCCUGCCCUCUCCUGCCCCUACGGCUCAGACGCCUGCCAGUCAAGUGUUACCUGCAGUGACUCAGCCCUAUGCAUGGAGGGUCAAUGUGGGCACGUGUCUACACAUGUGGGUGCCCAUGGACAGUACGUGUGUACACAUGUGUAGAGUGUAUGUAGCGAGGAGUGGUGGAGACCAGGAGCCACUGUGGCUUCUGGUGGCCUCACACUUCCUCCCCCGGGUCCACUGCCUUUUCACGUGUGCUGUUUCUGGAGACAAAAGUCAAAGGGAAGAGCAAUGGAGACUCGCCCACAGGGCUGCUGCACAGCGCCAGGGAGCUGUGUGGGCGAGAGCCCGUUUGUGUGAGUGGCUUGCGGCUGUGCGCGUGACUGUGAGCGCAAGUGACAGGACGCAUGGUUUCAUUGGUCAUGUGAGUUGGGAUUUUUUUUUUUAACAAUAAAGUAUCUUUUUUACUGUUA